UCCUACAAAAUGGAACACUGUGCUUAUAUCUGAUCGUAUUUCUCAAAAUUUAUUCAUUCUGUUAAUUUUUAAAAAAAAGAAGAAGAAUUUAUUUAUAAUUGAUAAUGUUUAUUUUGGAUAUGGAUCCUGGAGCAGUAUCUACGAUGAGUGAUCGAAUGAAAGAGCAGCUUCUGAUGAAAUCCAAUGGCUCCGAUGCCGGAGUUCCACUUAAGCAGCCUUUUGUAAUUGGCGUUGCCGGAGGGACUGCUUCCGGCAAAACUACGGUAUGCAAGAUGAUUAUCUCUCAGCUUCAUGAUCAGCGAGUUGUUCUCAUUCAUCAAGAUUCGUUCUAUCACACUUUGAGUGAAGACAAAUUGCAAAAAGUUAGCAAAUACAACUUUGACCAUCCAGAUGCCUUCAAUACGGAGCUUUUGCUCUCUUGCAUGCAUAAAUUAAAACGUGGAGAGGAGGUGAACAUUCCCAAUUAUGAUUUCAAGACUCAUAGGAGCACAGAAUCUUCACGAAAGGUUAAUCCUUCAGACGUUAUCAUCCUAGAAGGAAUAUUAGUUCUUCAUGAUCAUCGUGUUCGUGAUCUUAUGAAUAUGAAGAUCUUUGUUGACACAGAUUCUGAUGUACGUCUAGCAAGGAGGAUUCAGCGUGAUACACUUGAAAGGGGCAGAAAUAUUCAGAAUGUGCUUGACCAAUAUGCCAGAUUCGUGAAGCCUAGUUUUGAAGAAUUCAUAUUGCCAUCCAAAAAAUUUGCAGAUAUUAUUAUCCCUCGAGGAGGUGAUAAUGAUGUUGCCAUUGACUUAAUAGUACAACAUAUUUGUACUAAGUUUGGCCAACAUGAUCUCUGUAAGAUAUACCCAAAUGUUUUUGUCAUUUUCUCAACAUUUCAGAUUCGAGGCAUGCACACCCUAAUACGUGAUCACAAAACAACAAAACAUGAUUUUGUUUUCUACUCAGACCGACUUAUUCGCUUGGUUGUGGAGCAUGGACUUGGUCACCUUCCUUUUACUGAAAAGCAAGUUAUCACUCCAACAGGAUCAGUAUACACAGGUGUUGUUUUCUAUAAAAGGUUGUGUGGUGUCUCAGUCAUUAGAAGUGGGGAAAGCAUGGAGAAUGCACUAAGAGCAUGUUGUAAAGGAAUCAAAAUUGGGAAAAUCCUCAUCCAUGGAGAGGGUAACAAUGGCCGGCAGUUAAUUUACAAAAAGCUACCGGCGGACAUCUCAAGUCGCCAUGUCUUAUUACUUGAUCCGGUUCUUGCUUCAGGAAACUCAGCUGUGAAAGCUAUAUCUCUACUGCUCAGUAAGGGUGUACCAGAAUCCAAUAUCAUCUUCCUUAACCUUAUAGCAGCUCCAGAAGGAAUUCAUGUUGUGUGUAAGAAAUUCCCCAAGCUAAAACUUGUAACAUCAGAGAUUGAUGCAUCCUUGAACGAGCACUUACAUGUGAUCCCAGGCAUGGGGGAGUUUGCAGACCGCUAUUUUGGCACUGAUAGUGACACAGUUUAAGAAAACACACCUUAAUAAUUGAUUGCCUGUUUUUCACUCUAUUUUCUUUUUCUUUUAAUUUUUUUUUCCAAUUUUUCCUUUUUCAAUUUUGCCAUUGGAAAAAUGUAGAAGAGGGUAAUUGACGCUGAGUUGAGGAAAACCAUGCCAUGAUACCUGAAUGUAAAUUCCCUCUCAAUUUUUCAUAUAUUAAUGUAAGCCUCAGGAAUCUCAA